UUUUCUCACAGUCUGGCCCUAAAUUACCCUUAUUCAAAUUUUAACAAUUAAUUUCGGAUGAAUGCGCGGACCAACUCCCGUCCCAAUGUUGAAACAGUUGCAAAUGGGACUUCGCGCCUUUCUCGUGUUGGCUUCCAAGAUAUGGACUUUCAUUUGUUUUGUUUUUCGCAAAAAUACUAGAGCGGUUAUACAGCAUCAGACUGUCAAAUAUGAAGUAUCACCACUAUCACCUCUAUCAAAGCAUAGACUAAGUAUGGUCAGGCGGAAAAUCCUGGUACUGGAUUUGGAUGAAACACUGAUUCACUCGCACCAUGAUGGUGUAGUUAGGCAAACAGUAAAACCUGGCACCCCACCUGAUUUUGUGUUGAAAGUCACAAUUGACAGGCAUCCUGUACGUUUUUUUGUACACAAGCGUCCACAUGUUGACUUUUUCCUAGAUGUGGUUUCACAGUGGUACACGCUAGUGAUUUUUACUGCUAGCAUGGAAAUUUACGGAGCGGCCGUAGCAGAUAAAUUGGACAAUCAGCGAGGCAUGCUGCAGCGGCGUUAUUACCGACAGCACUGCACCAUGGAUUACGGCAGUUACACCAAGAACCUAGAAAUGAUCUCGAUGGACUUGUCGUCCAUAUUUAUAUUGGAUAAUUCACCUUCGGCCUAUCGGUCGUAUCCCGACAAUGCCAUACCCAUCAAAUCCUGGUUCUCCGAUCCUAUGGACACUGCCCUGCUCAACCUGUUACCCGUACUCGACGCACUGCGAUUCACGCAGGACGUUCGAAGUGUUCUCGGCAGGACUUGCACUCGCAUCGACUCUGGUAGUUUUGCUGACUUGUGAUUUCAUCCAGCACAUACCAGUUCCCACACUUCUGCCCACCUCCCUAUCACCUCUGCAGCAGCCAAGUCUCAUUCCCUUAUGCGUUCAUUCACUCGUGAUCAGCUUCCAUCAACAACUGACUGCACAGUACUGAGUAACCUCCAUCGGACUGUUAAAUACCAUUACGGAUUGUCCUCAGAUGGCCUCAGUGUUUUUCUCGUUGUGUAAACGAUUGGCCUUGUCUAGAAUAGACACAAUUAGUGAAGUGACGUCUCCGCGAUUGGAUGGAUAGGUUUAAUACGGAGAGUAUAGUUAUGUGUGCUGAGACAAUUUUUUCUUCUUACAAUCCGCGUUAUUCAUGAUUUGUUGACCCUAUCUUCUCUUCUUAUUCAUUCUUCCAGUUGACUGAUUUAUUGUUGAAAAAAAAGCAAUAUGGCUAACCAAGUGGAAUCAACAAUCUUUAACUGUGUACAGUAAAUACUCUUCCUCUGUCUCUUUCUUUUGAUUUUCUUAUUCCUCUCGGAAGUGUGUGAAUACAUCAUCCCUUUUCCUUGUAUCGCUCACCCUACCAAAACAAAAGAAAAAACAAACAAAAAAUAGAAGAUUUCUUUUUCCCUUUUAUCUUAAUGCCCUGAACCCGACGAAAUAAGUAAAAAGUCAAUACAUGGACUAGUUGAUAUA